AUUUUCAGACUGACGCUUUCCACUUCUGAUUUGUGAUUUGCAUACAAGUUCUACUUCCUGCUGCAGAGCCUGUUCUGCAACUUACCUGAGAGAAAGAGAAAGAGAAAGGGGAGCAUAAAGGAAGAAAAAAAAAACAAAGAUCCACAGGAAAAGAGUGUGCAGGAGAAAGCCCAACAGUUGCUCUCUACCCUUGGUCAGUCCAGCCUGUGUCCCUGCUAGCCCCAAGCAAACAGUUUAGCAAACAGUUAGUUUGGCAAACAGCUCACAGUGCUUCAGCUGCUUCGCUUUACAGAUUUGGAUCAGGACUGUCUUUUGUUGGAAAAUCCUGGCACCAAAUUAAGAAAGUUGAUUCAUAUUUCCACAGUCUUCACAAAAACUCGAAAUGGCCUCCACUGCAGGCACUGUGAUGAGUCGAAGCAUACCAGUUGAAGUUGAUGAAUCUGCAUUCUGGUCCCCAUUUCCAGAACAUUCACUAGAAGAGGCUUUGAAACCUUCUGUUGAAAAUAUGGAGAAUUUGGUACCUUUAGGACCAUAUCCUACUCAAAUGUCUCAAAAUUCCUUGGCUGAUCAGUCACAUUUAUGUAAAUCUUCAGAGCUUGCAAACGAUCAUCAGCCUGUACCACACAACAUAGCAAGGGAGGAUUAUGACAGUAGUCUUUGGGUAAGAUAUCAGGAUUCUGGAAAAGAUGUGCCUUCCUGUGCUUCCACUGAAUCAGAGGCUGGGAUGCUCCCACCUCAGUCUCAUCUUUUAGCUAUGGAGAAAACAAAUAAGCUAUUGAGAUCUCAGCUUUCAAUUGAUUCUCCUGAUACUGGACACGACUCUAGUAAAUCAAACAAAAGUUUUUCUGAUGUUUCACAGAAUUCAUUUGAUGAUAAAAGCCAAGAGAAUUUACAGUCACAUCAGCCAUCCAACAACAGAGCACCAUUCGACCUGCCAACUGUAGACACUGGAUAUGAUUCUCAGCUUUGGGAUGUCAUGGGCAUCAGGCAGUUAGAACCUCCGUUACCACUUACAUCUGUGUUUAACCCCCAGGACCUUCCAGGACCAUUAAUAUCCAGAGAGUUUCUCAGAAUUGAACCUCAGCAGUAUCCUGUAUACCAACAAAUGCUACACAGUAAUUUUUCUCCACAAGCUCACUGGAACCUCAGAUACCAUUGUCCAGUUGAUCCACACCACCAAAAUCCAUAUGGUAGGACUCCCUUCCAACAUUUUGCACAACCCUCGCAACCACUGCCUUCUGUUCCUGGACCUUGCAUGAGAGUCAUCCAUCCUUCCCAGCAAGUAAUCCAUAACUAUUCAAAUCCUCAUGCUCCUAAAUGCAAUGGAGAAAGAGUUCCACAAAGAGAAUGCUCCUCUCCAGUACGCCCACGAUUUCCACACCAGCUACCCAAUGGAGGGCUGCCACCCAUGGCAUGUGCCCAAGAUGACGCUUAUCGGUGUACUUCUGACUUCGUAGCUCAGGUUAACAAUUUUCUGCCCCCAGCUGCUGUCCCAAGACCUUUUAGUAACCCUGCAGCCAGGGGAACUCUGAGAACAAGCAAUCUGCCAGAAGAGUUGCGUAAAGUUUUUAUAACCUAUUCAGUGGAUGCAGCUAUGGAGGUUAUGAAAUUUGUGAACUUUCUGCUUGUAAAUGGAUUUCAAACUGCAAUUGAUAUAUUUGAGGACACAGUACGAGGCAUUGACAUCAUUAAGUGGAUGGAACGCUACUUAGGUGAUAAGAUGGUGAUGAUAAUCAUAGCAAUCAGUCCAAAAUACAAACAGGAUGUUGAAGGGGCUGAAUCCCAGCUGGACAGGGAUGAGCAUGGCUUACAUACUAAAUACAUCCACAGGAUGAUGCAGAUUGAGUUUAUCCAACAAGGAAGCAUGAACUUUAGAUUCAUUCCUGUGCUCUUCCCAAAUGCUAAAAAGGAACAUGUGCCUACCUGGCUUCAGAACACUCACAUUUAUAGCUGGCCAAAAAAUAAGAACAACAUCUUAUUGCGGUUACUGAGAGAAGAGGAAUAUGUUGCUCCUCCAGUAGGACCUUUGCCAACACUCCAGGUUGUGCCAUUAUGAACAUUUUUACAGAAAGUGCAUGACAAGCAAUUGUUAAAGGGCAAUGUUGGCAGGGAGCCAGGACUCUUCCAGGUGGCCCUUUCUGGUGAUGGAAGAUUCUCUUUCUGUUAAAGGAAUUGUCUUGGGUAAUUCAGACUCAGCUCCCUCACUUCUCUACUGUAUCAAACAUCUCUUUCUGAAGCUGAGCAGGAAUAAUCCCUUUCUUGAUUCUUAAACACAUCGCAAACGGAAAAAAUGUCCAAUUUUAUUUUUAUUGAUGUUUCUAAUAUUCCUUUGCUAGUCUACCACACAGCACGUAAUUACUGUAAAUGAUGUUGCAAUUAGUGUAAAACAAUUCCGCCUUCCUGUUUGCUGAGGAUUUCUUUUGUUGUUAUCCAGAUGUUCUUGCAUCUUACAGUGUUACAAACAAUAGUAUAGACAAUAAAAUAUAUUUGCUUUUUGUAAAA